CAAGAUCUGGUUCCAGAAUCACCGCUACAAGAUGAAGAGAGCAGCCAAGGAGAAGGCCAUGUCCGAGCAGACUACCUCUUCUAACCAGAGCGCGUCCCCCAGGAGGAUCUCGGUGCCGGUGCUGGUGAAGGAGGAGAACGCCACGAAGGGCUCGUCCUCGACCUCCUCCUCGGCAGCGGGCGGCGAGGGCAAGCUGGGCCACCACCGCGACACCUCCUCCUCCACGUCGUCCUCCAGCCUGGCGGCCUCCAACACCUCGAGCCUCCUGCCGAGCCACCUCACGUGCGACCCGGCCUCCGCCCUCGACCCCUUCCGCAGCCAGGGCUCCGCCACGCCCGUCAGCGCCUCCGCUUUCCCCUCCAUGACGCCGCUCCACCACAACGCCAACAACGCCUACCUCCACCACCAGCGCGCGUGGUAAGAGGGGGAGAGAGUAGACAGCGAGAGAGAGAGAGACGGACGAACGGGCGGAGGAAGCCACGGACGGAGAGACGAGGGCGUGGGGACUGGGGAGAGAGCUUCGUGGGCGUUCCGGCAGGAUCCUCACCCCCGUCGCACGGAACGGGGCUUCCCUCAGGGGCAGGGGCGGGCCGCGCACCUCGCCAGGGGAACACGCCAACCGGGCAAGGCGGCCGACGGGGUUCAGCGUGGAGGACGCGUGCCAUUAAACAAGGGCGGUGUAAUAGUCCUAUAUCAUUUGUAGUGGCAGGGUAAUGACCCCGUUUAUCGAAAUGGGACGCAGCUAAUUCAUGCUCUUAGGGAACAGAGGCAAUAACAGGCCGACAACUCGAUAAAAAGUAUCAGAUCAAUUGACACUUAACGGGGUAGGUCAUCCUGCACGCCAGACUCGGACACAAAAGCGAGAGGAGUUCAGCCAAGCUUUCCGACCUCCUUUCGCCUCGACUCAGCCAUGUAAAAGGGACAGAAGAAAAACCUCACUUGGCAACUAAUCCACCGACCUUCAGCAGAGCGCCUGUGACUUCGAAUAGCGAUAACCAGAGAGAAAUUUCCUCAAACUGAUAAAAUGAGGAAUAAUAAGGAAACUUUAAGAUAACUACGCUUACAACAUGGCAUGAGGCAAGCAGACCACAUACAGGAGACGAAGGUUUGCCAGAUGCGUGAGUUCAGAACACAGGAUUGAAUUCCCAUUACGAACUCUUUGCUUUUACUCUUGUUUAUAUAAAGGUUCAGAUUUUUUUCUUUCUUUUUUCAAUUCUUUUUGAUGAGUGACGGCUGAAGGGAGCUCUGUUUUACUCCUUCUCUAUGUCUUGGUCUCCUUUGGUCUCUUCUCUCCCUCCCGUCUUCUUCGUUUACUCUGUCCUACUGUCCUACUGCAUUUUCCUAUAUUCC